AAGAAGUGAGGGUUACACUUGACCUGAAGUAAGCAAAGCAGAACCCAGUCUCUGAGGUGAUGAAGCCCACCCUGCAGGGAGCUCAAAUGUGCCAUUGUUCUGCUUGUCUUUAUAAAGGGAGCUGCCAUGUUUCUCUCGCAUAAAGCUGGGAGCAACACCAGAGCCUCCUGCAAGAUGCUUGUGAUUCUGCUGUCAGUGGCCCUGCUGGCCGUGAGCUCAGCUCAGAGCUUAUAUGAAGAUGACAACCAGGAAGACGUUCCCUCCCUAAUAUCAGAUGCAGGGGACUCUUAUCAGAGCCCAGAUGAGGAGAGUCAGAAACCACCUCUUGGAGAAGACCCACCUGCUGGUGAUGAAAACCAGGAUGAUGGUCCUCAGCAGGGACCACCCCCACAAGGAGGCCGCCACCACCAUGGUCCACCACCUCCUCCAGGAAAGCCACAAGGACCACACCCACAGGGAGGCCACCACCACCACGGUCCACCACCUCCUCCAGGAAAGCCACAAGGAGGCCACCACCACCAUGGUCCACCACCUCCUCCAGGAAAGCCACAAGGAGGCCACCACCACCAUGGUCCACCACCUCCCCCAGGAAAGCCACAAGGACCACCCCCACAAGGAGGCCACCACCACCACGGUCCACCACCUCCCCCAGGAAAGCCACAAGGACCACCCCCACAACAGGGGCAGCCUCCCCAGUAAUCUAGGAUUCAAUGACAGGAAAUGAGUAAGAAGGCAACAGUGUUGCAAAUGCCAUGAAACACAAUAUGAUCAUGCUCUAACUUCAAUAUACCAAUAAAAUAAUCAGCUUGCAAUUCCGA